AAAAAAAUGAAAAUCAUCUCAACCCUCGUUGUUUUGGCUUUGAUCGCCACUUUUGCCUAUGCUCAACAACAACAUUGUAUUAGCAAGGCUUUCAUCACUAGCGCUGUCGUUAUCGAUGCUUCAAAGGCUUUCGAUGACAUUGAAAGAAUUUGGUAUGAUGCUGCUACCAACAAGCAAAGAACUGAUAUUGAAACUUUCCAACCUGCUCGUAAGAGUAUUUCCCUCUACUUUAGACAUGAUUUGCAAACUGGUUAUGAAUAUGAUAAGCUCACUGGUACUUGCAAGAGUUUCCCAAUUAAUGGUCAAUUGCAACCUUUCUGUUUGGCUCAAAAUGCUGUUUUGAAUGGAACUGUUACUAUUGGUGGUAGUUUGAAGUGUUCAGUCUGGAAUGAAGCCCUCAGAGGAUUCAAUAUUAGAUUGGUUAUUGCUCCAAAUCCAAACUUUGGUGUUCCUGUCAAUGUUAUCACUAAGGGUGGUCGUAUUGGAACUGCUUUCCAAGAAUUCUUCAAUUUCCAAGCUUACAGUACUCUCCAAGAUCAAUCUGUUUUCAAUGUUCCAACUUCUUGUAAUAGAGCUAGAUCAGCUUCUGAAAUCUCCCAAGAUGCUUUGGAUGUCAUUGAAAGACAUGCUUGGUUGCACUAAAUGUUGUUCUAUUAUUUUGAUUGAUCUAUUCAAUAAAUAACAAAACACUUUAAACA